AUGCCGACACCUAUCCUCCCCCGUAUUGACGACUGUGAGUGCACCCCAAAUGUUCAGCACCUCUUCCGGCGCCACCACCUCCUCCAGAGCCCCAUGUACUACAUACGGUGGAUAUACGCAGCCUUCUAUUCUCUCUACCUUCUGUUCUUUAUGGAACCUCCUACUGACAGAGACAUUGUCGGCUACAUAGAGAACACAACCAUGGUAAUGCUGAUCCGCCCUGCAGCGGACGGCAGGUUGGGCGAAUAUGAAGUAACCGUUAGAGAUUGCAAGUUGCGUGCUUCCGGAGGAUACAAGCUGAAGAAUAUGUCACUGAGGUACAAGAGAGGCAAGAGGGGCGUCCGGCUUUUGUCCUUUACUCGCAACGGAGUUAGAAUGAGUAACAGGGGUCAAAUAUUUUCCACAGUUUACUUCUACCAUACCCAUUCCUUCCACACUAAGUCCCACCUGUUCUCCAAUAGCCUGGUCCGACACAUCGUGGAUAACAAUGUAAAGAUUCUCCAGGAGUCAAGCUACACAUCCAUUCCGUUACAUUACGAGCUCCUCCAUUCGUCGCUGAGUGUGUUAGAGUGGGACGGAAACGUGUCCAGAUAUCUCGGCUAUGGAGGUGCCUGUAUCAGAGAGAGCCUAGUGGAGGAGAGUAGGAACAUGAGCGCUCUGGCCGGACAUCAGGCCAUGGAACGCUGGAAGUCACAUGGGAAGGACUCCUUUGCUGGAAAACUUUUAAGGUCACGACUGGCGCUACAGGGAGUCAUGGAGCGCCACGAGAUUGACCCAAAGUUGCUUGACCCUCUUUUCAACCACGUCAUUGUGCACAGCCUGGAUCAUGAUGGCAUCAGUCAGUGGUCGUUCCUAAGGUUUUCACUCCACCCAUGGGACACCGAGUGCAGCAUCUACCAGGCCUUCAACACCAGCAUGUUCCGUAUCCUGAUCACCCAGCCCAAUCUGAACCCGCUGGCACCGAACACCAUCCGUUCCAUCAACAAGCCGUUCUACCAGGACCUGUACCGGGAACUGCGGAAGAUCGACCCCAAGAUGGCGGAUGUAGUCACCGCUAGUGUCAUGUACUAG